AUGGCUUCAGUUCAAACUGCUCCGGCGGUCCAGCAGACUGGUCAGUCAGGGAACGCGACGCAAGCACAGCCGCAGAGUGUCAAGGAUGUAUUGCUUAGGUACAAACAGAUGAAGGAGUCAGGCGUGUCGGAACAGGACCCCGAAUUUCAAAAGGCCCACCAGAUGCUCCUCACCCUUAAACAACAGCAGACCUUUCAACAACAGAGGGCCGCCGCCUAUGCUCAGAAGCAAAUUUUGAACCAACAACAACAACAAAAUGCCACGACCGCCCCUUCGAAUGGUGCGAACGGUACACGUACCGCUCCGGGGUCGAAUAAUACCACACCAAUCAAUAAGCAAACUCCAGCCGCGACAUCACUUGGCCCUUCUGCUAUAUCUGCUACGGUAGCUUCAGGUACGCCUAAAGGUGGAGUGCAGCGAUCAGCUCCAGCUGGAAGUGGAUACUUCUCGACAGAGCAGCUGGGCAUUUUGAAAAAUCAAAUAUACGCCUUCAAGUGCCUUUCCAAGAAUAUUGGUGUUCCUCAAGCAACUCAGCAGCAGCUUUUCGCCUCUCUACAAAGGAAAUCUUCUCCAGCUGUCGACCAAGGGUUUUCAACGUCUGCAUCAAGUGUUGACAAGCCGACGCCUAACGGUUCUGAUCCAUCUGCUAAUGAGAAAGAUGUUGCUGUACCAAAGCAUCAUGAAUAUACCAAAUUCAAAUCCCCUUAUGAUCACCUCUCGGAUACGAUUAGCUAUUCCGCACACAAGACGCGUCAUUUGCGUCCGAUGAUACCCAGCAUCAUGCCAUCUGGCGUUGACGUGGAGAAGCUCCGACAAGAGCGCGAAAUGAUCAUUUACAAUCGUAUGAGCGCAAGAUUGGCAGAGUUAAAAUCCCUUCCAGCAAAUAUGGCCCACCUCGAUGUCCGGCGCGAUGAUCUCACCCCGGAAGAUACCUUGAAACGGAAGGCUUUAAUUGAGAUGAAGAUGCUCGGUUUGGCCGAGAAACAGCGAAAUAUGCGUCUAAGAGUUGGCCGCCAGAUUAUCCAAUAUGAUAAUCUUGCCAUGACUGCCAAUCGCAGCCAAUAUCGAAGAAUGAAGAAGCAGUCGCUUCGUGAGGCUCGUAUCACCGAAAAACUGGAGAAGCAACAACGUGAUGCUCGCGAGAGCCGGGAGAAGAAGAAACACUCGGAUUAUCUCCAUACUGUUAUUACGCAUGCUCGGGAGGUCAACACAGCUGCUGCAAAUCAAAGACAGAAGAUGCAGAAGCUUGGCCGUAUGAUGCAAGCUCAGCACCAGAAUAUCGAGAAAGAAGAGCAGAAGAGAAUCGAGCGUACCGCCAAGCAACGUCUGCAAGCCUUGAAAUCGAACGAUGAAGAGGCCUACCUGAAACUUCUAGACCAGGCUAAGGAUACUCGUAUCACGCAUCUUCUUAGACAAACGGACGGUUUCUUGUCACAGCUCGCUGCCUCCGUCAAAGCUCAACAACGAAAAGCCGCCGAGCAUUACGGCAAUAAUGCUGGUGAUUUCCAAGACGAAUCGGAAGAUGAUGAGGAGGAGGAAGAGCAAGACACCCGGAAGAUCGACUACUAUGCUGUUGCGCAUCGCAUCAAAGAAGAGGUCAAUGCACAACCUAAUAUGUUAGUUGGUGGUACAUUGAAGGAAUAUCAAUUGAAAGGUCUUCAAUGGAUGAUAUCGUUGUACAACAAUAACCUCAAUGGAAUUCUUGCCGAUGAGAUGGGUCUCGGGAAAACCAUUCAAACGAUCAGUUUGCUUACCUAUCUCAUUGAGAAGAAGAAGCAAAAUGGACCAUUCUUGGUCAUUGUACCCUUGAGUACGCUGACUAACUGGAAUCUGGAAUUCGAAAAAUGGGCGCCGUCGAUUUCUCGCGUUGUAUACAAAGGCCCUCCUACAGCUCGUAAGCAACAACAGCAGCAGCUUCGGUAUGGUAACUUCCAGGUUCUUCUGACAACCUACGAAUACAUCAUCAAGGACAGACCUGUUCUCAGCAAGAUCAAAUGGGUGCACAUGAUUAUUGAUGAAGGUCAUCGAAUGAAGAAUUCGUCUUCUAAACUCAGUGCCACCUUGACUCAGUACUAUGUCACACGUUACCGUCUAAUUCUUACCGGUACCCCACUGCAAAACAAUCUCCCGGAACUUUGGGCGCUACUUAACUUCGUUCUCCCAACGAUCUUCAAAUCCGUCAAAUCUUUUGACGAAUGGUUCAACACACCUUUUGCAAACACUGGUGGCCAAGAUAAGAUGGAGCUCACUGAAGAAGAACAAAUUCUCGUUAUCCGCCGUCUUCACAAGGUCUUACGACCAUUUUUGCUCCGUCGUCUCAAGAAGGAUGUUGAGAAGGAUUUGCCUGACAAAACGGAGAAGGUCAUCAAGUGCAAGUUCUCUGCCUUGCAAUCUCGUCUGUACAAGCAGAUGGUCACGCACAACAAACUGGUUGUCAGUGAUGGCAAAGGUGGAAAGACUGGCGCUCGUGGUCUCAGCAACAUGAUCAUGCAAUUGCGAAAGCUGUGCAACCAUCCCUUUGUUUUUGAUGAGGUGGAGAAUCAAAUGAACCCUUUAAACACCAGCAACGAUUUAUUGUGGCGAACUUCUGGAAAAUUUGAACUCCUCGACCGUAUCUUACCUAAAUACCAGCAGACUGGUCACAGGGUUUUGAUGUUCUUCCAGAUGACAGCAAUCAUGGAUAUUAUGGAGGACUUCCUACGUUAUAGAGGAAUUCAGUUCUUACGAUUAGACGGUACAACAAAGUCUGAUGACCGGUCCGAGCUCCUUCGCGAGUUCAAUGCGCCAAAUUCGCCAUAUUUCAUGUUCUUACUUUCUACUCGUGCUGGUGGUCUCGGUCUGAACUUACAAACUGCCGAUACUGUCAUCAUUUACGAUUCAGAUUGGAAUCCUCAUCAAGAUUUGCAAGCUCAAGAUCGUGCACAUCGUAUCGGACAGAAGAAUGAAGUUCGAAUUUUGCGCUUGAUAAGCUCAAACUCAGUUGAGGAGAAGAUCUUGGAGCGUGCUAAAUACAAGCUUGAUAUGGAUGGUAAGGUUAUUCAGGCCGGUCGAUUUGAUAACAAAUCCUCAGAGACGGAUCGUGACGCCAUGCUCCGUGUGAUGUUGGAAACCGCUGAAGCUGCGGAGACUCUGGAGCAGGAAGAAAUGGACGACCUGGAACUCAACGAGAUCUUAGCACGCGGGCCUGACGAGCAAGGAAUUUUUGAUAGGAUGGAUGCUGAGAGAAAUAAGGACCUCACGUACGGCUCCCUUCCUGGAAGCAAGCAUGUGCCGCGUCUCAUGACUGAGAGCGAGCUACCUGAGAUUUACAUGUCCGAUGGAAACCCUAUCUCCGAUGAGCCGGAAGAAGUCCAGGGUCGUGGUGCUCGGGAGCGAACUCGCGUGAAGUACGACGAUGGCCUCACGGAAGAACAGUGGCUCAACGCUGUUGACGAUGAUGAAGAUAGCCCCGAAGCAGCAGCAGCUCGGAAGCAGGCGCGAAAAGACCGCCGUGAGCAGAACAGGCUCAAGCGAGCAGGCCAGAUCCCUGGUUCCAUUGAAAGCUCACCAGCCGGGAGUCGAAGCGGCACCGAAGAGCCGGAGGUGGAAGUGGAGGUAGAGCCAACACCGAAGAAAGGACGAGGUCGCAAGAUGGGAAAAGUUGACAAGCGUAAGGCUGAGGAGCCCGAUGACGAACCACCAGCCAAACGAAAGCGCCCUGCACCGGGUCGAGGCAAAGGUGCAUCAUCAAACGGUGAUGCAAAGCACCGGGGCAUGCUCCAGAGCAGUCUCAAGAAUGUCUACGAGGCUUUAAUGAAGCUGGAAUCCGAUUCUGCGUCUGAUGACGAUGAGGACGAUGAUGAAGGUGGGCGUCUUAUAAUUGGGCCUUUUGUUGCAUUACCUUCCAAGAAAGACUACCCCGACUAUUAUCAGUUCAUCAAAGUUCCGAUCUCGAUGAAAAUGAUCGAGAAGAAGAUCAAGAAAGAAGAGUAUUCAAGUCUUAGUGACCUAAGGAGAGAUAUUCAGCUACUUUGCACUAACGCGAAGACGUACAACGACGAUGGCAGCAUGAUAUAUACUGAUGCUGUCGCAAUUGAAAAUGCUUGUGAAUCUCGCAUCCGUGACGAACUGAAUGACCGUCCCGAGCUUGGUGAUCUUGACGACUCUUCUUCCCGCAAUGGCGGUUCUACGGCUCCUACGACCAGCGCUGGCACUCCUAUGCCGCCUUCGACUUCGAGUGGGAAGUUGAAGCUGACCUUCAACAAUUCCCAAAUUGCCAAUGGUGGCAGCAGCGGUAUACAGAGCGACGAUGAUGACUGA